AUGCCCAAUGGGACGCUGAAUAUGUUCGACCUCAAGACGUCGAAGAUACUGGAUGAGGACACUGCCGCGGUGAUGGAGGCCAAUAUUGAGACAAAGUUUGGGUCGUCGAUUGAGGAAUCGUGCCAGCUCUGCGGCCUGCGCGCUGUUACGGACAGCAAGUUCGUGCGCGCUAUCGCGGAUUCCAGUAUCGCGCCCAGGAUGGCACCCAAGUGGAGGGACUUGGAGCGAGCGCAAAUCGAAUUCUACAGGGCCUGUGCGGCUACUGACACGCCCGAACUAUUAGACGAGGAGGACGUCGCCCAGAUUGCCCGUGCCGCCAGCGGACCGCCCUCGCGCGUGCAGAGGUUCGCCGCCCACCUGCAGCGCUCCGACUUGCUAUCGGGAAUGCCGGGCGCGUGUCGUAGCAACUGCCCGGAGCUUGUGGAUCAGAUGGUGGACCUCGCGAAGGGCGACCCGGGGCUGUCGUGCGACGACGGGUCUGCGCGCGACGACGCCCUCGAGUUGCUGGGCUGCUGGUUCGACCGGGCGGCGCCCUCGGGGAGGGGCCGCGCGAAGCUCCAGGGAGUUUGCACGCAGAGCAAGCUUGGAUCCAUCAUCCUGGCUUACGUCAACUGCACCACGCAGCCUGAUCUUGGAGACGUCAGAAGAUUGCUGCAAGCGGGUCUCGGAGGCUCUGUUUCGAACGAUGCCAUCCGCGCGACGAGCCCGUCAACGAUCAGCCUCAGCCAGCGUCAUGAGUUGGUCGAUGUGAACUUGAACGGUGGCGACGACGACGACGGCGAGGAUGUAACAAUCUCCUCUGGCAGUAUCAGGAGACUGGCGCCCAAGAAUCCGUUCAAAUGCUCGAUGGUCAUCAACCCGCCUCCCCUACCUGGACCGGCGCGCCCGAAUGGCGGCUUGGAGAAGUAUGGCCAAUGCUGGUAUUUGAGUAAGAGGGGGACGAAUUGCCGCGAAACUUGCCUCCUAGAACAGCUAGUAUUCCAUUGGUUUGUCGUCAACAGUUCGCGUUGUCAGGAGCCCAUCAUCCCGCAGUUGAAACCCGUAGGUGACGACGUAGACAAGCGGGGGCCAUGGGCACCACUUGAGGCUCUGCGCUCGGUCGGCGACGAGCACUUGUUUCCACGCCGCUAG